AUCGACCAAGACUUCAAUAUGCUCUUGGUGAUGAAGUGACUGGUAAAUUCCUCGCUAAAUGGCCAACAUUCCUUCAAACCGAAGGUCAUUGCGGAGUGCAAAAAAUCUUCCUCGAAGUGUGCACGUGGAUGACCUCCUUUUGUCUGCCCAACAGGAAUCUGAUGAUGAUGAUGGUGUCUGGGACUGUGAGGUUGCCGCCAUCUGCCUGUUGCUUCACCUGUUGCCUCCAACAUCCAAGGGCAAGAAGUCUGCAAAGAUCAGCGCAACGGAUGCUACUGUCCGCCUGGUGAAGUUCCUUAAGGUGGGGAGAAGCAUGGAGACCUUCCUGAAGGAAACUGGCCCUGCUCAGCCCUUUCUCCUGUGUGUUGGAGAACGAAAAAACAGCAUCCAGAAUUUCUACAUCAUCCUGGACCAAAAGGCCAUUCCCUCCAAGACGCAGACUGGAGUUGCUGCCUUUGACGAGCUCUUCAAGGCACAUUUUGCUUUUGCUGUGUCCUAUGAUGAGGCGCUGUGCAACUUCUACACCUUCAUCCAGACAACCGUGUAUGGCAUUGACGUUGGCAGUGUGAAGGAGACCCCUGGUGAAGGAAAUUCGAGUAAGACUUCUUCACAGUUCAUUUUGAAGAGGAACUCAUUUCUGACUUGAAAUGUUUACAUGUUACAUUUGCAAGGUACAGCACAGAAAUUGUUCAUUGUUAUGUCGACAUUUGAAGUUCCAGCAUGGAUUGUACCCAGGAAGGUCUUUGCGUUUGCGUUGUGGAGAGGCUGGUUGUUCAUUUGUUUUUUGCACAUACUUCGGUUACCAGCGGCACUUAUCUCGAGCACAUAAGGAUGGUGGUGAUUCAGAUUCCGUCAGUGAUGUUGAGUUUGUUCCUGCAACUAAUGUUGGAGCUUCUGUUUCACAACAAGUUAAUGUAGAUCCUCCUGCGACUGUCACUACACACAUUCCAAUUGAUAAAACGAAAAUACUAUGUGCAGCUCUGUUAUUGCUCAACUGCAAUCCUCAGGAGUUCCUGAAAGUACGGUGCAGGGUUUAGUUGGUUCAAUGGAGGAACUGGUCGAUGACAUCCAUGCCCAUGCAAAAGAAACCGUUGUUGAAUGUUUUUCAUCUGAAGCAUCCGGAGACACAUUGAAAAAAGUUCAGGAUUGUUUUGGUCAGCUUGAAAAUCCAUUUUCAUCUCUUAACACAGAAUCGAAACGAAAGAAGCACUUAGAAGAAAAAUGGAAAAUAGUGGAACCAGUGGAGUAUAUUCUUGGUGUGCAUUUUGAUACACGCAGAGAUAGAACAACAGGAACAUAUAGGCAAGUUCCUGUAAACGACAAGUUCAUGUAUGUACCCAUCAUGGGGUCUCUUUCAUCUAUGUUUAGGAACAGGGAACUUUCUAACAGUUUCCAAAAAACUAAACCACACCAGGAGGGUUUUUACAGAGAUGUAAAUGAUGGCUCAUACUUCAGGAACCACAUUUUAUUCUCACAACAAGAAAAUGCUUUGCAGAUACAGCUCUACUACAAUGAUUUUGAAACUGCUAAUCCAUUAGGCUCAAAAAAGGGAAUUCACAAACUUGGCUGCAUUUAUUUUAUUUUGAGAAAUCUUUCCCCAAAGCUUAAUUCUGUGUUGAUGAACAUACAUCUUGUUGCCCUCUUUCACUCGGAGGAUUUAAAGAAAUAUGUGUUUGAUCCCAUUCUAAAGCCACUUCUCAAUGAUUUAAAGAUUUUAGAGGCUGAUGGAAUGCAGGUGCCCUUUCAACCCACACCUUUGAAAGGUUCAGUUUUUCAGGUUACAGGUGACAACUUGGCUAUACAUGGCCUUUUUGGUUUUGUCGAAUCGUUUAGUGCAAAGUACUGUUGUCGCUUUUGUUUAACUGAAAAGGGAGAGAUGCAAUCAGUUUUCAGUGAAGAUCAUACAGGUUUAACUCUACGUUCUAAAGCCCUUCAUUCAGAACACUGUGCUGCCGUUGAACAAAAUCCAGCUUUGGCCUCAACAUUUGGUGUGAAAAAAGCAUGUCCUCUCAAUUCCCUCCAGCUGUUCCAUACGUCAGACAACUACGCAGUAGAUAUAAUGCACGAUCUACUGGAAGGAGGGGUGCAGUACGAGUUAAAGCUGGUGUUUCGGUACUUGAUGAAGAACUCAAUAAGCUCAUUAAGCUCAUUGUCAGAAAGAAUCAUGAGCUUUAACUAUGGAUUUACACAGAGAAAAAACAGGCCAAGUGGGGUAAAACUGGACGAUGAUAGCAACAAUUUUGGCCUUAGUGCUGUUCAGUCAUGGUGCCUCUUGCGCAAUACCCCAUUGAUGUUUGGAGAUUUAGUUAAGAGGAAUGAUAGCUGCUGGAACUUGCUGCUCCUCUUAAUACAAAUCGUCAACAUUGUCUUUUCACCUAUUGUAACCCAUGGUAUGACUUGCUAUUUGAAACAUCUGAUUUUCGAUCAUCACAAGCUUUUUAAAUCUGUCUUUCCAGAGCGAAAUCUGCUUCCAAAGCACCACCACAUGAUACAUUACCCAAGGUGUAUUAGAAAGAUUGGGCCACUAUUACACAUGUGGUGCAUGAGGUUCGAAGGCAAGCACAACUUUUUCAAAAGGUCUGUGAAGAACUUUAAAAACAUCACAAAAACACUGGAAAAGAGACAUCAGAAUCAGUUGGCUUUUCAUUUUUGAAGGUUUUUAUUUUAAAAGAUUCCAAUUUGGCCCCAUUACAGAAGUCUUGGUCAGCAGUUUGGAGGGCAGUGAGGCGCUGAAUGAAACUUUGUCUUGUCUUGUGUUUCCACAACUACCUGGGUCAAAAGCUAUGGCACAGAGUAUCAGCCUGGGAUGUAUGUAUGUUCUGGUGUUGAAAAUGAGAUGCCGUUGUUCAACAGGAUUGUCAGUGUUAUUGUAAGAGAUGACAGCGCUUAUCUUCUAACUUGUACUGUCUCAACAAUGUAUUUUGAUGAUCACUUAAAUGCAUUUAGCAUUGAGGAGAAAAACAAUGUCAUUACACUAGGGAUGUGUCGGUCGCGACCGAUUCGUUACAACGAACGAAUCCCGAACGUGAACGACAAGAACU